AUGGGAAUCCACCUCGCCUUCUUUCUCUUUCUGGCAUCUCUGCGAUUGGCUUUAUCUCAAGAUGUUGAACGUGGUUUGAUUCAAGUAGAUGGAAUGCAAGCAAUUGCUGAGACUGAUGAUAACUUUAUCUGUGCAACUAUUGAUUGGUGGCCUCAUGACAAGUGUGAUUACAACUAUUGCCCAUGGGGUGAUUCAUCUGCUGUAAAUUUGGACCUGUCUCAUCCUUUCCUUGCGAAGGCAAUCCAAGCUCUCAAGCCUUUGAGGAUAAGAGUUGGAGGUUCUUUGCAAGAUCAAGUGCUGUAUGAGGUAGGAAGUUUGAAGUCCCCUUGUCAUCCAUUUGAAAAGAUGAAAGGUGCAUUGUUUGGAUUUUCAAAGGGAUGUUUGCAAAUGAAAAGGUGGGAUGAGCUGAACCAUUUUUUCCAUGAUACAGGGGCCAUUGUGACAUUUGGUUUGAAUGCACUGCAUGGGAGGCACCAGAUUAGUCAUACUGUUUGGGGAGGAGACUGGGACUCUUCCAAUGCUUAUGAUUUAAUCAAUUACACUGUUUCAAAGGGGUACAAGAUUGAUUCAUGGGAAUUUGGUAAUGAGUUGAGUGGGAAGGGCAUUGGGGCAAGUGUUGGUGCUGGACAGUAUGGGAAAGACUUGAUAAAGCUUAAAGAAAUUUUACACUCAUUAUACAAUAACUCCAAUUUCAAACCUUUACUUGUAGCACCAGGAGGGUUCUAUAAUAAGGAGUGGUUUGAUAAGCUUCUUCAGGUUACAGGUCCAGGCAUAGUCAAUGUGCUGACUCAUCACGUGUAUAAUUUGGGCCCAGGUAGUGAUGAGCAUCUUGACAUGAAGAUUCUAGAUCCCCAGCGCUUGAGCAAUGUAGAACCAAUUUUUAGCGAUCUUUCAGAAACCAUUCAAAAAUAUGGCCAUUGGUCUUCUGCAUGGGUAGGAGAAGCUGGGGGGGCAUUCAACAGUGGUGGUCGUCAAGUUUCUGACACAUUUGUAAAUAGCUUCUGGUACUUAGAUCAACUUGGAAUAGCAUCCAGAUACAACACCAAGGUUUACUGCAGACAAACUUUAAUUGGAGGAAACUAUGGCCUUCUCAACACCACUACCUUCGUUCCUAAUCCAGACUACUACAGUGCACUUUUGUGGCAUCAGCUAAUGGGGAAGACUGUUCUUGCAGCUAGUAGUGAUGUUUUUUCACCUUCUUUACGCACUUAUGCACAUUGUUCAAAAGGCAGAGAUGGUAUAACAUUACUGCUGAUCAAUUUGAGCAAUCAGACUCGUUUCACACUCAUGGUUCAUGAUCGUGUGCCUGUGAGUAAUGGAGGAAAUGAAAAUGCUACAAGGAUCCAUGUACAAAAUUCAUUCUUUAGUCAUCUGAAGAGGGCAUUUUCUUGGAUUGGAAGAAAAGGAUCAGAAGUCACAUUCAGAGAGGAGUACCAUUUAACUGCAAAAGAUGAUUACCUUAGAAGCCAAACCAUGCUGCUGAAUGGUAUACCCCUAGAGUUGUCAAAUGAUGGAGAAAUUCCAACAAUGGCUCCAGUACUCAAUAGUGUACAUUCUCCAAUACGCUUAGCUCCUUUAUCCAUUGCAUUUGUUGUAUUCCCCAACUUUGAUGCUCCAGCUUGUGCUGUACAUGGAAAACUUUAA